UCAGAAGCAGACCUGUCAAACUCAAAAUCCAUGGUGUCAUGUCAUCGCAAUAUUUUUGUAUCGUUGAAUAAUCGUGAAAAAGUGUGAAAAAAUAGCUAAAUUACAACAAAAAGUUUAUAGCUGCUCUGGAAAACUGGAUUGAAAGCAUCUCACCAUGCACUGGUUUGGAGGAACAAUGGCUGAGGCGGUAACGCUUUCUAAACAAAAAAAUGCAAUUUUCGUUGUUUUCGUCGAAGAUGACAACCAACACUCCAAGGAAUUAGCGGCUACAUUGGAUGAUGGUGCUGUGCUGCAGAGGCUGUCUGACCAGAACAACUUCUUGGCUGUUAAGCUGAAGAGUGGCUCCGAGAACUACACCUUCUUUGCACAGAUUUACCAGUUUGUACCCGUACCAUCCCUGUUCUUCAUUGGUCGCAACGGGACUCCCUUGGAAGUAGUAUGUGCUGGGGUACAACCUGAACAGUUAGCCACAAGGAUUGAUCGCAUUUUGGAGGAGCAUCGUAAGGACCAAAUACCCGGCUCAGUUCAACCAUCGACAUCAUCCCGAAACAUUAAAGAUGAAACUGUCAAUUUCAUGCAAACAGAAGCAUCCACUUUGACAGCACAGUCUCAGCCUAACCCUGUUGAAAAGGCCCCAGAAGCUGCCUCCAGUGUGACCCAGCCAGCCCCCAGUGUGAUCCAGCCUGUCCCCAGUGUAUCUCAGUCUGCCCCUAAUGUGCCUCAAACUGCACCGAAAAAUCCAGUGCCUAGUAAUGAAGAACCAGAAACCUCAUCAGGCCCCGCCGCAAAGAUCCAAAAGACAGAACACCAUGAAGUGACGCGGUCAGGGCAGGAGUAUGACGUCAUCUGCGACGGCGACGUUUGCGUCAGACGCCCACGCGUGGACCAGCCUGGGCCCAGCCAGAGAAGCGAACCCCCGACCCUCGAGACUGCACUAGUGACUGAGAAUGAAAGUGAGUCAUUGGUUGAUGAAAAGGUGGAAAGAGCUAAAGAGCUUCUACUUGCGAGGAGGAGAGAGAAGGAAGAAAAAGAGAAGGAGUUAGAAAAACAAAAAGAAAUGGAAAGACGCGCGGUCGGCCAAGGAGUGGCGGAAUUGAAGAAAUGGCAGGCGGAUCAAGAGCUGAAGCAAAUUCAGGAAGAACGAAAACGCGAAAAGAUGGAGAACAAUCUGGCAAGACAGCGCAUUCUGGAGCAGAUAGCUCAAGACAGGGCAGAGAGGAAGGCAAGAGAGCAACCUGCGUCACCCCCCGCGUCUACGCCUACGCAAGUCACUCCACCGACUAGUGUAGGUGACGCCUCAGGGCGUGCGAGGGUUCAGUUCAAGUUGCCGGACGGCGCGGCGCACACUACCCACUUUGAAGUCACCGCCACCUUGGGGGAUGUGCAGAGAUAUGUCGCUGAUAACUUACAGAUGUCCAGAUCCUCCUUCUCCCUCUGGACGGCGUUCCCGCGCCGCGAGCUGACCGAAACGGAUGCAACGCUGCUGGAACUGCAGCUGGUGCCGUCCGCUGCUCUGUUGGUGCUGCAAAGACGGACCGACACUGUCGCCGCCACUCCUAAUAUGUUCGCUACUAUUAUCACCUUCUUCACACAACUCUUAACUUCCAUCGUGAUAGACCCAUCCUACCAGCUGUACACCUGGCUACGCAGCCGGCUCUUCCCUUCACCCUCGAACAGGCCCGCGACCCCCAACCCCCCAGCUAACCCCCCGGCCAACCCCGGGGGGGCGAGGCGCCGGGGGAACUUCCAUAGAGUAACGGCAGAUAGAGCAGACGAUGAUGAUAACAACACGUGGAACGGCAACUCUACGCAACAGAUGUAGGUAAAUACUGUCAUGCCAUAUCAAAGGAAUGGAUGCAAAAACUUAUUAAUGUAUAGACUAGAUAAUAAAAUACACAUACCACUAUUUGUAUUUGUUAAAAAUCAAAAUUAUAUGUUGCUAGAGGAUGCCCGCGACUUCGUCCGCGUGGAUUUAGAUUUUUAUAGA